AUGACUAAAUGAAAUUUAUGAGAAACGUCGAUCAUGGAUAACAUGUUAUAUCCGAGGGAAGUUCUUUGCUGGAUUUAGGACUACAUCACACUGCGAUGGUUUGCAUUCAUUGAUUGGGAAGUAUACUAAGCCUCAUUAUGACUUAUUCGAGUUUAUUGAGCACUUCCAACGAAUGUUGGGCCAUAUGCGGUUUAGGAAAUUUUAUGCUGAAUGUGAAUCUGCUCGUGGAGUUCCAAUUAUGCAAAAUUGUAUUGAACCCCUUGAGAUGUGUGUUGCUGAUACUUACACAAGGGAGGUAUUCUUUUUAUUUAGGCCUAUUCUUGUUCGGUUGGGUGCAAUGAGAGUCGUGGAUUACUAAACAAGAGACAACAGUGUAAUUUAUUAUGUUUGUAGGUAUGCCAAACCAACCAACGUGUGGGAGGUUGAGUGGGUGGAUAAUGGUAACGCAAUCACUUGUUUAUGCAUGCGUAUGGAAUCAUUCGGCAUUUUCUAUGAACACAUUAUCUCUGUAUUGGUCCAUAGGGAUGUGCGAAAAAUCCCUAAAUGUCUAGUGUUGCAUAGAUGGACUAAAAAAGCAAAAGAAUCUAUGUCUGAGUCAAGUAGUUUUACUAGCGAAUUACAAGCCAGCAGUCGACUUUGUAUCCUCAAUGAGUGUGAUAGGAUGAUGUGAGAGGUUACAUGUGCUACUACAGAUAGGUUCUAUGAAGCAAGGGAUCUUAUGCUUGAUCUUUAUAGCUCAUACAAAGCACUCGAUGAAGGGAACACGCCUUCGAAACCUGGACUGGGAGGUGGUACCAAUCCUAAAGGGCAUAGUGGUCGAAAAAAGCGCCAACGUUGCAGCAAUUGCAAGAAACCUGGUCAUAAUAAAACUUCUUGUUCAAAGCACAAUGAAAAUGCUUUCAGUACACAAGGUAGCUCUACCCGUCAAACUGAUACAAUUUAUGAUGGUGAAUGCAUGGAUAAUGUGGAAUACGAAACUCAAGAGUGGUGGCGAACUAUGGGAUUUAGAUAUAGCUUUGUUCGUGAUUAAUUUUGAUAGUUGAUUAGGGGAAUAUACAGUUAUUAACUAAACUAUAAAUUAUUACUGCUUCUUUUGUUUAUUUUUAAUAGUAGAUUUUAAUUUAGGACAAUCAAUUAAA